UCCCGGCUCUUCCUCUCUCUCUCGCUCUCCCCCUCCCUCCCACUAUCGCGGGCCCCUCGGCGUGGCAGGAUGGAGCAGGCGCACAGCGAGGCCGGCGAGGGCCGGGGUGCCCGUGGCGCCCCCUUCCGGUUCAGCCCGGAACCCACGCUGGAGGACAUCCGUCGCCUCCAUGCCGAGUUCACCUCGGAACGAGAUUGGGACCAGUUCCACCAACCUCGGAAUCUGCUGCUGGCCAUGGUCGGAGAGGUGGGAGAGGUGGCGGAACUCUUCCAGUGGAAGUCGGACUGUGGCUCCGGACCGCUGGCGUGGUCGGCGGCGGAACGAAAGGCGUUGGGGGAGGAGCUGAGCGAUGUCCUCAUCUACUUGGUGGCUCUGGCAGCCCGGUGUCAGGUGGACUUGCCCCAGGCAGUGUUGGCCAAGAUGGAGAUCAACCGGCAGCGCUACCCCGUGGGCCUGGCCCGGGGGUCGGCCCGCAAGUACACGGAGCUGCCCCGCGGGACGCUCCUCCCGGAGGACCCGGCCUCGGGGCCCGGAUCCCCCCAAGGGCCGGAGGGAGAGAGGGCCGGAUCUACCGGGGAGAAGGCAGGAUAAGACCCGGACCGGAACCAGAUCCACCGUCGAGAGGACGGCACCGGGACACCCAGGGGAUGCGGAACUAAGUCUGGAGAGUGGGUGGGGACCGCGAGGGACCACGGGGCCAUCCUCGGUGCCUGGGCUGGGCUUGCGGGAGAAGGUCGGAGGGCGAGAGCUUCCUACCGGGUGCCCGUGUGUUUAGGGCAAGAACCAGGAGCCCCCGUUCUCCCUGUGGUGGGAAAACAGCCCAGAGUCCUUUUUUUUUUUUUACUCUCUUGCUGCAACUUGCAAGCUGCUCUGAAUAAAAAUGUUUUUGGAGA